GUGGAAGGUAGUAGGAGAAAUAGUGGCACGACUCUAGGAGGGGAAGGUCUAGUAAAUAAGUAACCUACGAAUGCGAGAACUGCUUCAGUCCGCGUUACAAUUAGUUCGGUCGUUAAUCGUAAAAUACGGACGAAAGAGAAAUCCCUCUCGCGAUGACCGUCGCAUAUUUUAUUCCAUUCAAACAUCGAGAUUAAUGCGAUAAAGGACGGACAAUCUGGUUUUAUUGUUAAUUGAAUGAACAAAUUAUAUCGUUCUCUCUUGUAAUAUCUGUAUACGCUCGAGAAAUGAAGAAUAGUGCCGUAAUUUUAGCGCUAAUCGCCCUGUUGGCCGCGCUUGUCGGCGAUGUUGCUGCAUUGUGCAGUGAGAUCGCGAACGAGGACAUGCUGGAGUACUCUUGCGAAGAUGGCCAGCCCAGCGAUUUGACAACCGUACCCGAAAGGACUGAGAAACUGCGUAUCACCAGGAUGCCGCUCGGCAGAAUAACCGCCAACACAUUCGCGAGGUUUGGCGGGAAUCUCUGGGUGUUGAGUUGCUCGCAUUGCAAGAUCACCGACAUCGACGCGGACGCCUUCCGACAACUCGUUAAUCUUCAGCAACUCAGUUUAAACAACAAUUAUCUGACCACUGUGAAGGCAUCGUGGUUGAAGGGUCUCCAUUACCUGACGUACCUUGAUCUCAACUACAACAAUAUACGCGAUAUCGAGGACGAUGUCUACAGGAAUCUACCGAAUCUCGUGGACUUUCGAAUAUCAGGAAAUCAACUGCGUUGCCUGAAUCUCAAUGAAAUGCCGCACUUGAAAGAAUUGAAGCGCAUAUUUCUCAAUGAGAAUUCCGACUUUGCUUGCCCGCACGCCAUAAGUAAGUUUCUUGAGAAUCAAGGUGUCGCUUUCGAGCCAGAUCCCGAGUGGAGAAGACUAGCCAGCGACACGAUCGAUGUCCCGCCUAGCUACACAGACGAAGAUCGUAGAACCUUGAAUUCUGACAAGAGACCGGAGCAACCGGAUGUACCCUAUAUACCUCCGACGAAAGAUAGGCCGUACUAUCCGGAUCAACAUGCGGAGCAUCGUCAUCGUCACAGAAGACCAACCACCACUGUGCGACCAACAACAUCCAAGCAACAAAACGAAAUACCGCGAGUGGAGCCGAAAUUCCCGCCAAGAACUUCUCCGCCGGAUUCAUUCUCGCGUCAGGUAAUGAUGCCUUAUCCACUCCCGACACCGGAAACAUUGCCAGCACCGCCCAUGGAUUGGAGACCCUCGGAAGAUAUCACACCCCGAUUUAUGGAAACCACCACCAACCACGGACUAUCGCGAACGGAACACGUUUCGAUGUAUCCGCAGCACGUUCCGACAUACGAAACGACAUAUUAUCCGAAAGAUUACGUCUUUGAGAGACUACGAGCUGCAGGAUUGGCUGCAGAAUCCUCCGCAGCGGGUGAUCACGAAACAACAGUGGAACCCGAUAGAUCAUCCCAGGUGGGAAACACCUUAAUAUAUCCACUAUACGCUGCAACGUCCAACGAUCGGGAAAAAUUGCCCCAAGGAUCCAUCCAAGUGAUGCAUCCCAGCGAUUCUGAUGUAGUUACUGCCAACUCUUGGUCUACCGAUCACUCGAACCAACAUCCGUACUGGACGCGUCACGAACCCUCUCCCCCUCCUACCGUCAGUUUACCGCCGUCGUGGUCUGCAAACACCCCGGAUCUUUAUGGAACGCCAUAUCACGCAGGACACGAUUCGCGUAAAAUAAUCGUUGACGAAUCAUCGAACAUCGACAAUGUUCCAAUCGCCACUGAUUACGCUGACCAAGUGGAUCGAACGGAGACUACGACGACGACGGUGUAUUACAUCAGACCUUUGAUACCCUCAUCUCCGGAAUUGAUGUUACCUCCGUCGAGUUCGGACAAUCCAUUGCCUGAGUGUCCGAAAAAUUCGGCAAAUUCCUCGAGCAUCCGAUCGUACAUCACUGUAUUAGCGAUGUCCGUUAUUAUCACCGUCUUCGGACACGUCAUCGCGGAGGGAUUUUAAGUCUCGCGCCCCUUUUGCCUCCAACCGGAUCGAAACGAAUUAUUACGUAUUCGAAAUAAAUUCCGAAUAAUUAGAUAUACCGCGCGAGAGAGAAUCAGAUUGACGUUUCGCCGAUCUAUAAUACAACGAAUAGUACAUUCAAACGUCGCGUUGUGCCAUGAACCUGAGCGCGCAU